AUGAGAAACUUAUACCAUGAUCCCCAUUCCCUAAUUCUUUUGUUGUUAUUUUCACAAGGAGACUGUAUACAAGAUUGCAUAAGAGGAAAACUAAUGUUCAAGUUCCAACAUAAAUUUGACGAGGGACUAUGUCAUUUUCAGAGGAAGUCCACAUGCUUUCAAAAUAUUUUUUACUUUGUCAACACAUGUGAAGCCUUGCGAGGAGAUUCCAAACCACUCACUUUAUUAAUUUCAUUUCUUUCGACGAGUUACUCUCGCAAACACAUGACGAGAAUGUUUUUGUUGGUACAUGUAAUUGGUGAAGCAAUUAGAAUACAUAACCUAAUAGAAAUUACUGUUCGUAAUGCGUCUUGUAAGUUAUUGAAUCUUCAGCUUAAGAGCUUUUGA